UUCCUCUCACCUACUCCAUAACAUGAAUCUGAGGCACAGCAGUUUUCCUCCUGGUUGCUGCCCCUUCCUGUUAGCAGCUCUCCUUGUUAAGCUUGCUUCCUCCAGCUGGAGUUGGCUUUGCAGGCAUGUUUGUUUGGUAGGGAUUAAACCCAGAGGAGCUCAUUAGCCUUCUCCUGAUUGGGAUGGGGGCGUGCCCCUUCACCCAGGGGUUACGAACAUUAGAGUUGGAAGUAGAAGCAAUGUCUUGUAUCAAGUGUGUGUGUCUCUUGCUCAUAAUUUUUUUUUUUUGGAGGCAGGUAUAGUUAAAAUAGUUGUUUUAAAAUAUUGAGAUUAUCCAGUUUAAAAGAUUUAGCUGUGCAUUCAUAUCGCAUUGAAGUGUAUUUGUAUUCACAUCCGAUCAGUGAUCUGCAAACACGGUCUGCAAACAUCCACAGAUUAGCAGAGCUUUAGAAAUAUAUGUCAAUUUUCCUCCAUUUCUGUUUGUGGCAAGCUUUUGAUGUUCAUUGCAAACACUGUAUUCAAAGAGCUGCAGACUCAGGUCUGAUGCUUUCAGGAUAUUUGUAGUUGUAGCCAGUAGUGAGUGAUCACUUUAAUGAAACUUUAAGGUUUUUGUUGUUGUUUUUUAACCGUUGAAGUUGGUGGUGACAGGUUAGAGAGCAAAGUAGGUCCCCUACUGGCUGGCUAUAUAAAUACUGCUCUUCUAGCAUCCCAGUCCGUUUCUUUGUUUGCAAGAGAGUCUGUCUUCUCAGAAAGAUAAGCCAACUACAGAGGAUCAACAAUGUGCUUGAAGAAAAAUAAAUAACAAGGAUCAAGAGAAAAGUAACUCUCAAAAAGCAACCUCCAAGCACUGAGGUGAGGCAGGCAAGUGAGUGUCCUCCUGCAGUAUAUUUUCAGAGAAGAAGUUGAAGGAAGUUCUUUCUCAUCUCCAAUAAUACUAUCUCUGUGCGAUUCUUACUCCUGGGCCAUGAGAUGCUCAAGGGAUAUUUGAAAAUGAAAAUGAAAGUAAAGCUGAAGUGAGCAGCAGUAAUAAGGCUAAGGCCAACAGUGUGAACAGGGAGGUUUUAAAAAAUACAAAUACAAAAAGGAGCAAGUUACUCCUUAAAAGCCCAGGUUUGGACCUAACAUUCAAGUUUUCCAAAAAAAGACAUUAAUCGGACAAAAUCAAUGCAAAUAAUGGCUGUCUGAGCCAUGUAAGAGACAUCCCUAAAUAAAAAUCAAGACUUUGUGGGCAUGGGGGAAGUUUGAUCCCAUCUAUCUUGGAAACAAGUUCUGGAACAUAGUGAGUCUGAAACGGCAUUCCCAGGAGGCUGAAUCUAAGCAAUAAUACUUUUGUAAAGGCAUCCAGAGUGCAUGAUGUAGCCAUUUCACCUACCUCUGUAAUAGAAACGCACCUGAGGCAGGCAGCAGUGGCUGCGUUGCUCCUGACUGAGUGAAGUUUGACUUGGCCUCUAGUUGCAGGUCAGCCAGGUAAUAGCAAUGAGAAAUGCAAUCAGACAUCCUAUUAGACAUGGUUCUCUUGGUCAUAGCAUUGUUCAGUAAAAUAGUGUUAAAAGAAACAGGUAGGUAGACUUUCUAAUUGCUUUAGUCCACUUCCAGCAGAACCCCAAGGACCCUUUAACUUUCUUUGAGCAUGUGGAGAAGGGCCUCCCCGGAUGGGCAAUGUGGGUGUGGGAGGAAUGUUAACAGCAGGAGGUCAGAACAGGAAACCUUUGUGACCUAGUCUAACUUCCCAGCCCAUCUCUAGUAGCAGGAUAAGAGGUGGAAGAAACCAGUGGUCUGAACCGCCUCUCUAACAGAUUAAAUUCCUGCUCUUGCCUGGGCUCCUGAAAAUGAUAAACACAGCCCUGUUCACUCAUUGCAUCCUGAAUAACUACCCCUCAAUUGCCCACUACCCCCUUCCUCUUCCUUCCUCCUGCUUUUGUGUGGUUUAUUGGACUUUAAUCAUGUAUUGACUCUCGAAAACUGAUGUGGACUAUGAAACCAUUCUUGCUAUGCUAAAUUACCAUGAUUUAAAUGAUAUGAGCCUGGAUUUAUAGUUUACAGUUUAGAUAUAUGUUCAUGCUAAAUGAAAUUAAACAAAAUAUUUGAGGAAAAAGUGAAGAUAACAGUAAGAAAAUUUUAAAAUAUAUUUUGGUGAGCCCAUUGCAUUUUCCCAAGUUUCCUUUAGAGGGCAGGAGACUACAGUAAAUGCUUUGAAACGGAACAUACCAUCAGCAUUUAUGGAAAGGCCUCUGAUGUAACACAGUCCUGUGACUGUCCAAUGUGACCAGAUGGCAGCGUCACAUCGCUAGCACAGUAUAAUCAACAAUCCUCUUAAAGCUGCAACUAUGUCUGCCACGGCCCCUGAUAGAAUGCAGAUUAUGACCGAACUGGUGAAGGAAACUGAGGUCAGUCUACUUGAAUGCAAAGUGUGUUUUGAAAAAUAUAGCCAGAAGAAGAAACACAGGCCGAGGAACUUGCCCUGUGGACAUGUUAUGUGCUUGGAGUGUGUAUUCUCUCUAGCACACCCAAGGAAUUUUAGGUUGGAGUGCCCUUUCUGUCGAAGAGCUUGCAAAUCCUCAGAGACAAGUGACUGCUUACCAUUGCUGCACCUGAUAGAGAUCUUAAGCCCUGCAACUAAUAUUUCUUUAGCUUCAAGAACAACAACUGGGACUGGCAAUGAAGCAGCUGUAUCAGCACCUCUAGGCUUAACGUUCAACUUUUCUUUCGGAGGCUGGGGGACGCUGAUCGAUCCGACUGGGAUUGCAAUGUGUCGAGGGUCUGACUGUGUAGUAGUGGCACACGAUGGCAAGAAAAGGAUUAAGCUGUUUGGCUUGAGUGGAAGCUGUAUACAACAGUUUGGGGAAAGAGGAGAUGCAGGAAAUGAUAUUAAAUACCCACUUGACGUGACAGUCACAUUGGAUGGCCACGUGGUUGUCACGGACAGCGGCGAUCGCUCUGUGAAAGUGUUUGAUUUUAACGGAAUAGGCAAGCUAGUUAUCAGGGAAUCCUUUUGUUUACCAUGGGGUUUGGAUACCACCCCAGAGAAUGACAUUAUCCUGUCUGAUCCAGAGGCAGGUGCUCUUUCUCGCUUGACAGCCAAUUUUAAAAAAGGAGAACUAAAGAAGGUUCAGAAGAUCCAGUCUCACUUAUGCAACCCAAGAGAGGUGGCAGUUUCUCAGACUUCUGGUAUUAUCGCUGUAAUAGAGCACCUGAUAGCUAAGGGACCAAACUACAGCAGCACAAGAGUGAAGAUAUUCAGUGCUGACAUGAAACUCAUUGGCCAGAUGGAUAGCUUUGGUCUAAACCUAGUGUUUCCCUCCAAAAUAUAUGCCACUGCUGUGGCCUUCGACAGAGAGGGACACAUAAUAGUAGCAGAUGCCUAUAACCAAGUUGUAUUGUGCUUAGGAAAACCUGAGGAAUUUCCUGUCUUAAGGCCCAUAAUUACCCAAGGGCUUUCUUAUCCUGUGGCAUUGACUUACACAGCAAGCAAUGCUCUGAUUGUCUUAGACAGUGGUGAUCAUUCAGUUAAAGUAUAUACUGCUAGCUGAAUUGUUUUGGAUUACUAAUUUUAUUGCAUUUCAGAUUUUAAAAGAAGUCAUGAUGGUUUUAUCAGAUGCCUGUGUGGGUUUUUUCUGCCAUGAUUUUGUGUGAAACGUACCAUUUUUAUGGACAUGCUUUAUGGUCUUUGACAUUUGCUCAUCAAUUCUGACUCCUAAGUAUGUGUGAGAGACAACAUGCGUAUUCUAAAUAGCACCAGACAAAGAGACCUCAACCAGAUGACCUGGCAUUUUUUCUAAACCAUUAUACGAUUAUUACUUUUUUUUCCCCCUUAAAAUGAACAAUAGUCUUGUGUUAGAUAAUGGAAGAUCCUAGAUCAAUUGUGAAACAGAGAAUGACUUGCACCUUUUGGUUAUCUUGAUUGAAGUCUAGCUUACACAAUGUUUUUUUGAUAAGGUGAGAGAAUCUCAUGAGAAAGAAGCAGCAAUUUUCAGAAAUUCUAUUAGAAGGGAGACUCUCUAGCUCAGAGGACUAGUAACUCCUGCAGUAGUAAGAAGAUGGUGGCUGGAGCAGAAGGAUCUAUUCUAGAAUGCUGCAGUCUACACUGACUUUUGCUUGUGUCAAAUGUGUGUUCUUUCGUUGAAUGAUGCAUUAUAUUUUGUGUUUGUUAUGAAUCUCAUUGCUUUGCCUUGUAAAACACUGGGCAGAGAAAGCAUUUAAAUUCUGUCUUCAGUUAUUAAGGGUGGGUGCCUAAAAUAUAGGCACUCAAAUAAGUGUCCUGUCCUAUGAAAGUGCUGAUUACAUGAAGCUCCCACUGACCUAUGAAACUGCAUAAAUAUGGAUUUAGGUGACCAACUUUAGGCACCCACGUUUGGAACUUUUGGCCUGAGUUAUUGGGUGGUGGUGCAGCCAUAUGACUGCAGUACAUUUUGCUCCUCCUGUUUGCUCUUUUAUUCUUUGUAAAUGUGUGCUAAAACUUAAAAUCAAUAAAACACUAUUUUUGGGGGGAGGGAAUCCUCUGUGUUGUUGGAAUUUUGUUCCAUUUGUUAGGAAAAAUGCAGGAAUAAGCAGAAAUUAUUUUCAGUAACUAAAUAUAUCCUGAGAUUAGGUGUUAGUAAUGUAGGUAAUAAACUGAAAUGCCCUAGA